UGCUGACUUAUUAGUGAUUUCUCUGCUUUUGCGAUCCAAGUAGAAGGAAGAUACAGUAAUAAGCGGUAGGCAAAUCUUGAAGAUAUUGGCAUGGACAUGGCGUACUGAGAGACCCGCCUUAAUCACGAUGAUCUCGACAGUGUUUCAAAGCUAGAAUAUGUUGAUAUAAUGAAGAAAGUGGAAGAGUUUCUUGAGAAAGGAACUGUAUUCGAAGAUGGUCAUCCUGAUUACAAGAAGCUACUCGUGGAUUCUAAUCAGCUCUUAGUUGAUAUCGAGAAUAAAAUAGUCGUUGCUAACAACUUUAUCCGUGACAUGUACAGACCUAAUACAGACCUAAUUAAGUUUUGAGAGCUUGAGUCGCUUGUUCGUUACCCAAUCGAUUAUGCUCGUCUUGUGAAAAAAAUUGGCAAUGAGAUGGAUAUAACACUUGUUGAUCUACAAGGCCUUCUUCCAUUUGUUAUUAUCAUUGUUGUUUCAGUUACUUCUUUGACCACUAAAGGGAACACAUUGCCAGAGGAUGAUGCCCUGCGAAAGACGAUAGACGCUUGUGAUGAUCGAGCUGUAGAUCUUGAUUCUGCAUUGGAGAAGGUCCUUAGCUUUGUUGAAAGUAAGAUGGGAUCUAUAUAG